AAAUCCUAAAUUGUUUAUAAGUUCCCAAGCACCCUGAUGCCAAGUAAAGGACUUCAUUAAAGUGAAAAUUAUAUAAUCUAAAGAGGAAUUUAAAACGAGGGGAUGGGAUGCGCAUCUAGUGCCUCAGUUAUACCACAUCGACCACCACCAAAUUGCCCUGUCCAAAAAGAAGGCUAUAUUCUAUAUUCUGCUUCACAAGGUGGAAACUGGAAGACUUACUUAUUUAGGCUGUAUCAGGACAGUACAUUUAUUUGGCAUGGAAGCGGCAGUGAAGAGCUGGGUUCUGUGAAGCUAAAGGACAUAGCUCCACUGAUUGCUAUUGGACAGAAUUGUCUAAAUGUUCCCAAGAGACCAGAAAUUCCCGCGGGCCAGAGCAUUAAUCGUAUGAUGGCUUACCCCUUUAACUAUGCAAGGGGGACGCACCGUAAGGACAUGAAGAUCAACUGGAUUUUAUACAGAGGGGACGAUGAAAUGCAGCAGUGGAUGCAGGCACUAGGAGCUGUGUUACCACCACCACCCCAGCCACAACAAAAUGGACAACCCGUCCAAGGUCAGGCUCCACCCCAAGGUCAGCCCCCACCCCCAGGCUUCCAGCCUCAUGUGGUGAAUGGCCAUGUACAGAAUGGUUAUCCACCUGCCCAGCCCAUGUACAACCCCCAACCUAAUGGGUAUCCUGUCCAGCAACAGCAACAGCCAGGUCACACGACGGUGGUGGUCAACCAGCACCACCAUGUGCCACAACAUAACACCAGCUCUGGUGAUGGUUUUGCUACAGGUCUGCUGAUGGGAGGAGCUCUGGGCUGGGGCAUGGGGUACGGCUGGGGACAUGGUCCACGGUAUCAUGGAUGGGGAUAUGGAAGCUGGGGAUCGUUUCAUUCCCACGGAAGUUUUGGAAGUGGUCAUUUUGGAGGAGGUUGCGGGGGCGGGGGUUGUGGGGGCGGCGGUUGCGGGGGUGGAGGUUGCGGCGGCGGAGGUUGUGGGGGCGGUGGUUGCGGCGGCGGAGGGUGCGGGGGCGGUUGUGGAGGAGGUUGUGGCGGGUAGACGUAUUAUAAUCCGGGCAUGUCUUAAUGUCGUUUGGAUGGAAAUGCGAUGCUCAAUGAUGAAACGUUAUAUUUCGAUUUUAUAAUGUAUUGGCAAACAUUUUUGAUGGGUUUUCUUGUAAUUGUUAUCAUAUAAAAGCUUAAAUUACUGUGAUUAAACACUUACUAAAUUUUUUUAAAAUGUUUGACAUCCAGCACUUUUCAUAUUUCAUACAAAUGCAAUUAGGCAACACCAACAACCACAUAAUGUACAAAGAUGGUGGCUGUAGAUGGAUUUUGAAAUUGAUUUUGAAAUUGAUAAUCGUCAGUAAACCUAUGAACUUAAACUGCAUUUCACAAAUUUCGAUGCUGGCUUUGAAGUUGGAUAUUCUCCUGAAUUUUCUCUUGGAGAUUAUAAUAAUGCAGUUACUAUAUUUAUUAUUACUUGUUUGAAAUUUGCAUAUUUUUUGUCUUUGUACUUUGUUAUUUGGAUUUAUUUUGUUGUGUUAUUCCCAUUUACAUCAAGGAUAUUAAUGUGAUAUAUGACUUUUGAUGAUUGUGUAAUUAUUGUUUUUUGAUCCGUCCGUAGAUUAGUCAUAGUCAUUGUAAAAAGAAGACUGUUUAUUCUGAAGUUUACCACAGACACAUUCUGUUGGAUAUACAAAGAUUAGACAAAAUGGGAACUUCUUUUAUUGUUAUAUUUACUUUUAAACUUGAUGUCUUGAUAAGUGUCUGUAGAUAAUAGGAAUAUUUAAAUCCUAAUUUUAGUAGCAGUCAAAAAUCUGAACAAUACUCAAGUUCUAGUUUAAUGUACCUCCUGUCUUCUAUAAAUACAAAGUUGUCCAAUUUUAACUCUGCAUUUAAGACAGUUAGGCAGUACGUAAAAAAUAGCAAACGGAAAAUGAUGCACGAUGGAUUAUUAAAGUUUUCUACAGUUUCUGCGGGGAGGGGGUAUUAAAGUUUUCUACAGUUUUUGUAUCAUGUAUUAAAAUUUUAUUUUUGUAUAAAUAAAAUUUUUCUAUACAGUACAAUGUAUGUGUGUGAGGGAGGGUAUUUAAGUUUUCAAAAGUUUUGGGGGAUAUUGAAGUGUUCUACAACCCUGGGGUAUAUAUCUGUUUGUACAUCUAUAAUUCGAAUGUUUGAAGACUUCUUGCUUUUCCCUCCACCGAUCUGUGCUGAAAAAUUUACAUUUCUGGAAAAGAGGUGUGAAAUUAAACAGCCUCAUCAAAAUCAACUAAAAGCCACAACAUUAUAUGAACAAUAUAUGAAAGCAUUUCGGAAAUUCUAUGGUCGUUAUAACGAUCUAGUUCGUCAAUACAACUCAUCAUUGGGUCAAAUGCUGUCUGACGUGUUUCACACCGAUUGUUAGGCUGUUCUUGGCACACUGAUUUUGACUACGGAUAACUCCGAUUACCAGAUCGGGUUAUAGGGCUCACGGCAGGUGUGACCGGUCGACAAGGGAUGCUUACUCCUCCUAGGCACCUGAUCCCACCCCUGGUGUGUCCAGUGGUCCGUGUUUGCCCAGCUAUCUAUUUUGUAUUGAUUUUAGGAGUUAUGAGAUUGAUCACUGUUCGUUAUAUUCACCUUUCAUGGAAUCAUUGCACGUGAUGAAACUCAACGUUUCCUGUGAACAGCAGCAUGUCUAUCUUCUGUGAUAUCUUUUACAAAAUACAAGCCACUCUCUGUUAUUGUUUUUUAAAUAAAGUGGUUUAUUUUAAAUUUC